GGAGGCGCGCUUGCCCUCCGACGCCGCGGCGGCAUUCCGGCGCCGGAGGAGGCAUGGCGCUCGUGGCCAAGGGGGGAGGCGACCCCAAGGACGGGGCGCUGAACCUGCCCUGGUCGGAGAUGUUCCGCUCCGCGUCGCUGCGGCUGCCCAAGCAGGAGGAGGAGGAGCCGCUUCCGCCGAAGAAGCCGCAGGCGGGGAAGGAGAAGGCGGCGUCUGCGGCGGCGGCGGCGGGUGACAUCGGGGGGCUGUCGCUGGAGCCCGACGCGCGGCUGGCGCUGUACAUCGCGAUGGCGCACGCGGGGCUCGCCACGGCGCUGCUCGUGCUGUACGGGCUGUACCGGCUGCUCGCCGACUUCCUCCGCCCGCUGCAGUGGGCGCUGCUUUGCUCCAUCCCGCUCCGGGAGACGCAGCGCGCGCUCGUCGCCUUCUGGGAGCCGCCCCUCCGCGGCGGCCUCAGCGCCGCCGUGCUCGCGCUCCCGCUCGCCGCGGUGCGGUCCUGCGGCGCCACGCUCGCCGACGCCCGCGCCGCGCUGCUGCGGCGCCCACUCCCGCCGUCGCCGUCCUUCCCGCGGCUCCUCCGCUGGCUCGCCUCCUCCUUCCUCUUCCUCAUCCUGCUCGACCGCCUCGGCGCCGCCACCGCGCUGGUCCUCCUCGCUCUCUCCCUCGCCUUCUUCGCGGCCUCCCCCAAGCCCUCCUCCUUCCUCUCCCGCGCCGCCUCCUCCCGAAUUGCCGGCCGAACACCCUCCUCCCGUGGCCGCCUCCUUACCGGCGGCAUCCUCCGCCACCUCAAGACCCUCGUCGCCAUUGGGCUCAUGCUCGGAAUGAUAGUCGGGUUCCUAUCCGGCAGCGUCUUCUUCUCCUACAAGAUCGGGCUCGAAGGCAAGGACGCGGUGAUGUCCCUCAAAUCGCACGUCGAGAAUGGCAACUACUCUGAGAAGAUUGGCCUCAAGAAGUGGCUGGACGACAAUGACAUCCCUGGCUUGGUUGAUCAGUAUUCCGCGAAGCUCUAUGACACCGUCUGGGAUCAGAUAGACCAAUUGGCAGUGCAGUACAACCUUACCGAUUUCACUAGUGGAUUCAGGCAUUUCUUGAUCAGCCAGUCAGUUGACCCGUCUGGUGCAAAGGGCAAGGAGCUCAUCACUUCUGGACCACACCCGUACUCGAUGAAGCUACAGGUGAUCGCGGUGCAUGCAAAGAACAGGGAGUGGAUGGAGAUUUACAGGGAGCUGGACUCGUUCUUUAGGGAGCUGUUAAUCACAAGGGAGGAUUUGGUGGUGAAGGCUAAGGAGCUAGCUUUGCAGGGAACCGAGAUUGCAAAAAGGCUGCUGUCUAGUGGCACCUCGGUGCUUGGUGGUAGUGCCAAUCUGAUGUUAUCCAUUGCUCUCCACAUUGUCUCCGGUGCAGCUGAGGUGCUCAAUUUCGUGUCACAAUUGAUGGUCUUCUUGUGGGUGCUGUACUACCUCAUCACUGUAGAGGGAGGUGGGGCUACAGAGCAGGUCAUUGAUCUUUUGCCAUUGUCAAAACAAGUAAAGGACCGUUGCGUCGAGGUCAUUGACCAUGCCAUUAGUAGUGUCUUAUUAGCCACUGCCAAGAUUGCCAUUUUCCAGGGAUGCCUGACAUGGCUGUUGUUCAAGUUCUUCAAGGUGCAUUUUGUGUAUACAUCAACUGUGCUCGCAAUCAUCAGUGCACUUUUGCCAAUACUCCCACCAUGGUUGUCCUCAAUAUUUGCUGCAGGGCAGCUGCUCAUGGAAGGAAGAUAUGUGCUUGCUAUUGUCGUGACAGUGAUUCACCUCAUAAUCAUGGAUUAUGGAACCACAGUCAUUCAGGAGGAUAUACCUGGGUACAAUGGAUAUCUCACCGGCCUCAGUAUAAUUGGUGGCAUGGCAUUAUUCCCCAAUGCUCUGGAGGGUGCAAUAUUAGGUCCCCUUAUAAUGACAGUUGUGAUGGCAUUGAAGAACUUGUACACAGAGUUUGUGCUUGCUGAUUCAGAGGAGACCAGCAGCUAGCAUGAGAUGGAAGGCAACUUUUCCUAAGGGAAAUGUAGGAUUUUUACUCUAUUUCCAUGAUGGCUUUGCUCUUGUACCAUAGUUGAGUUUGUCUUGCACCAGUUGUGAUAGUUUUCCUGGUUGUAAUUUUUCCUCUCUGCAGUGCUAUAACGCUACUUGAUCUGCAUUUAAUCUUUCCAUAGUUUUGGUUUUGCUAUCUGUGGAAAAUCCCUUCUGAUUGAUUGGAACCAAAAUUGUACAGUAUUUUAGUAAGAUUGGUCCUAUGGUCAACCUAUGAAUAAACUGCAUUGUAGCAUUGAUGAUUUGUUGAUGUUAUUAUGCUAUCUGGUUCUGAUGCACCUUUUUA